CUGUGAAUUUGUCCAAACGUGACCGCGUGUGCUGUGUACAGGUAGAAUAGAUAAAAGGUAUACCUUUUUUUUGUGUACCUCAUGGCUUCUGUCAGUGACCUGCAAGCUCGACGAGUUGAAAAUAAUAAUACACGCACUCUGUUGAACUCAGAAUGCGUUUAUGAAGCAGCAGAAGAUAAUUCAUCCCAGAUCAUUCUGGAGAACCCCGAUCCCGAUAUCGUUAAAACAAUCUCACAUUAUUUCGAUGCUGCUCUCAGUGGGCAGAAAUAUGUGUUAUCCCAUCCCGUCACAGACCAUGGCGCUGAGUCUUCAGCAGACAGUAGGGAUUCAGGGGACAGCCUGUUCAUAACUCAAGUGCCAGUGUCUGAGGUGGUGAGGUCUGUGAGAAGAUGCCACUCAAAGGAGAGGUCAGAGUUCACAUGUACCAUAGAAUCAGAGGAGGAGAGUGGGGACGAAGAUGGACCUGCCACUCCCCAAAGGAAGCAGCAGGUCUCACAGGCAAUGAAACAUCACAAGAGGAAAGCAGAGAAGCAUGGCCUGAAAAAGUACUCCUUUCCCUUUCUGGGGAGCGUUUACAGAAGUAAACCCCUAUCUAGUCGAGAGUGUGCUUACAGAAACACACACCUAUCACUAUUAAAUGGUGUGGCCUUCUCGAGUAAGGCAAUUGGAGGCUUUUUUAGAUGUGUCAAAACACUGAAGAAGUUCUCUAAAGGAAAAGCGACUUUAGCUUCAGCUUUACCAAACAGAUAUCUGGAUAAGGAAGGUGAACUGUCUCCACUGUCAGAACAGGAGGUGGAAUCUGAAGGUAGUGAUGAUGACAUCAGAGUGGUGGAAAAUAAACUUUUAAUGCUAUUCCUGAAAAAGAAAAAUAGUCAAACUUGGUGUUAUCCAUCAUCUGAAGCUGAAAAGCAAUUCAGAAACUUUUCAUCUGUAAGCAAAGACUCCACCGCCAAGACAAAGAAACAGAGCACAAAGAAAACACAACACCUCCCUCACGUUAAACAAACUCUUUCCUUGGUUUCCAAAAUGAUUAAAGACACACCAUCAAAGCAGAGUUUUGCUGGGUCACAGCGAAUCGUACCUGAGAAAUGUAACAUGGCAGAAGAAGAGACUAACCCAGAGUCAGUCAGUUGCGUUAGGAGAUGUUCAUCUGGUAGGGGUUUAGUCCGCAAUAAAACAGAAGAACCUGGUAUACAUUUAGCUGACAAUACAGACGGACAGGAAGAGAACGACAACAUGGACAUUUCAUUGACAGAAUGGAAGACAAUGCUGAAUAUCGGAUUUGUCAGUGAGGAAGUAGAGGGGAGUAGAAUAGACCAGGCAGUGGACAUAACGAGUUCACCUAUUAAUGAAGUGCAGGAAAGUGAAGGAAGCUGUUUGGAGAGGACCCAAGGCAGAGCCAUGACCCCCAGUGUGACUGGGCAGCGCCCUGAUCGUGACCAUCAGAACCAGACAAGAGAAACAGAGGCUGAUCCUGGAAUUAAAGGUCACAACCCCCCUUCAACAGAUCCAGCGCUCACAAAUGACUGUACAAAUGUUGAUGCUGGGGGAGACUAUGAACAGAAGGGAAAGAAGAGGAAGAAAAAGAACAGGAAAAGAGAGGGAGGAGAUGAUGAAAGUAUAGAGGACCGAGUUGGGCAGCCUCCAUGCCAAGAAGCUCCAGAUUAUCAGGAACUAGUCACCUGUGUGAGUACAAGCACCAUACAGGGAGGAGAGGCUACUGAGAUAACCCAGGAUAACAAGGCAGAGCAUUCUGUGUCCGUGUCUGGUGAAAUGAUUAUGCCACAGAAAAAGAAGAGAAAAAAGGAGAGGAGGAGGGAUUCACCAUGCCAUGUUGAUACAGAUAUAUGCCUAAGACGGGAAGAGAACCCCAAGAAGAAGCGGAGGAAGAGGAGGAUAUCUUCAACUGAAGAUGGCGCCGUUGUUCAACAACAAGAGGAUAAUAUUCAAAAAUCUCAUAUCUCCCUCAAGAGUUCUGUGUCUGAAUCCAUUGACACUGUGCCACCAAGAAAAAAGGGGAAGAAAGAUGGGUAUGUAGUAACUCCUUUGAGCACAGAGGAGAGAUGUCAAAAGGACAGCAUACCACCUGAAACAGAUGAGAUCACUAGCCCAAGAAAGAAGAAGAAAAAGCGAGAUGAGUCUAAAGACACUUGUUCUGUCAUACACCAGGAUACAGCAGCUCCACUGGAAAAAGAGAUUAUUGGCAUAUCUUUGGAGGGGUGUGAGAGUUCUGCUUUGACUCCAGAUGACACAGUUUCUCAGAGAAAAACUAAGAAAAAUAAGAAUUCCCUCACCAAACAUGAUCCUGAGGGAAGACUGAAAAAUGAUGCAACUAAAAUAUCUCAGAGGAUGAACGCAACUGUAAAAAAUUCUGCUGAAGUGAGACUUGAAGCUGAAAGUGCCUUUAUAUCCUCAGAGAGAAAGAGGAAAAAGACAAAGAGGAGGAAAUCCACUGAUUACGAAGUACCAGCGGUAGGACAUCAAGAUAAUGAUAACACUGCAAUGCUAAUUGAAACGACCCAGAGUUCUAUGACCCAAUACAAAGAAACAGAGUCGCAGAAGAAGAAAAAUAAAAUAAAUGAUAACACUGCAAUGCUAAUUGAAAUGACCCAGAGUUCUAUGACCCAAUACACAGAAACAGAGUCGAAGAAGAAGAAGAAAAUAAAUGAUAACACUGCAAUGCUAAUUGAAACGACCCAGAGUUCUAUGACCCAAUACACAGAAACAGAUUCACAGAAGAAGAAGAAGAAGAAGAAGAAGAAGAAAAUAAAUAGAAAAACAAACAAGGAAUCAGUUGCCCCGAAGCACACAGAUGGAAGACAGACCGGGGAGAUGUCAGAGGCGACGUCAGGCUGUCUGCCUUUACCACAGAUUAAUCCUGAUCCUGUAUCAAUCUCCCAUGAAUUUGUUUCAUCAGCAGAGAAGAAAAAUAAGAAAAAUAAGAAAAAUAAGCAUGGAAAAGACAAGAGGAUGAUGUAUGUAUGAUGCAUAUCAGGAUUACCUCGCAACCGAACACAUUGACACAGUGGUGAUGUCAUGAAGCAUGCCAUCUGAAUAAAACAACCCAUAGCUUGGAGAGGAUUUUUGAUGGGUGGCCUUUGGUUAUAAGGGAACAGAUUUUUAAAUGAGUAGAUUCAUUGUACACCACCCCUAUGAUGGUUGUUCUUCCACUCUUUAGAGACACUUGUAUGUGCAUUC